AUGACAAAUUUUCGAUUAAAUAUAAUGUUUUGAAAAGCACACAAUGCUUGAUUUAUUACCGAUCCUGCUGUUAUAAGUUCUAAUAAUAGGUGAGUAAUAUGAAUUUCAUUAGUCGACACGUUUCGUAUACGGCAACAUGUUACGACACGUAUUUUUAGUUAUCUUUAUAACUUUUAAUGUUAUUGAGAAAAUAUCAUCUUCAGAAUCAUUUUACGACAGAUUUGAUUACAACGAUGAUAGCGAUGUUGUCGAUUGUGUGAGAAAAGUAAUAAAUCCAAUUAAAAAUCAUAAUGAACAGCCAUACAACUAUGUAACAAUUAUUAACGUGACUAACUCCGUCGCCAAAGCUCUACACAAUACAAAUCGCAGCAUCUUGUCUCGUUCUUUUUCUUGGGAUGGCUCAACACGUUUUAACUCAGUGUAUUUAAUCAUGGUAAUUGACUACAAACAAUUAAGAGCUGGUCUAAAACUCGCCAUAAGGGAUAGUUUUUGGAAUCCUAAAGCUUAUUUUAUUAUAACUAUCAAAGAUUCAAAUGAAAUACAGCGAGUGGCAAAUUUUUUAAUUCGUUAUCAUAUCAUCAAUUUUGCCGUGAUUAAUAAACGCGACAACAAGGAAAUUCCAAUUAUAUACUCUCUUAAUAAAUCACUAGACUCCUGCAACAAUCUCGUAAAUAAAAACAUACAAACUUUUUCAUCGUGCUCUGCUUACACCAAUGAAAAAAUAUACGACUAUAAACCUAAAAGAAGACUUAAAAAUUGUCACUUUAAGUUUAUAUCUCACGAUUACUGGCCAUUCAUAAACUUGAGCGGUACUAAAAGGAAAGGCACAGAAGACGUUAUACUAAGGGCAUGGAAAGAUACAGAUAACGUGUCAGUAGAGUUAAUUAACUUUGGAAAAACAGGCGAAUUUGGGGGAAUUCUUCGCAAUGGUUCAUUCUCCGGGAUGCUGCGCUUGAUACAAAAGAGGAAAGUAGAGGGAGCCAUUGGUGGAUAUGUGAUUGAUCUCGGACGAUCUAUACAAUUAGACUAUACCUAUCCUUAUGAACUUGAUCAUCGACUAAUGAUUAUCCAGACCGCAAAAGAGUUUGGCAUUUGGCGGGCAAUGAUGAACAAGUUCUCGGCAUUGUUAAUAGUAAUUUUUUCUAUCUCUAUGGUAUUUGCAAUAAUUCUAACUUGUUAUUCCGAGAAGAAAAUGGGCAUAUUUACUAAUAUCAUAAUCGUCGUAGGUUAUAUUACGAACAACAUCAAGAAAAUUAAUACAAAUUCGAAACAUGGACUUUAUAUUGUCGUAAUAAACUUACUGUUAAGUAACAUUUUGUUAACUAACCUGUUUCAAGCAUACUUAUCAAGCGUUAUAACAAAUCCACCAAAAGAAAAGCAAGUCGAUGACUACGGUGAAGUGUUGAAGAAUUAUGAAGCACAUUUCCAUGGAAGGUGGAGUACCUCCGCUGAUCACUCAAACUACACCCAUUGCCCUUCGAAACUAGACUGUCUUAAGUUAGUGAAGAACACGGACCGGAAUAUAUAUACAACUCUAACUGAAACCGAAUUUUCCAUACUUAUAUGGAAUAUUACAGACUACGACGACAGGUUGCCUCUGUUUAGAUUACACGAAAAUGUUGGCACAUUAUUAAGAACGAUAAUUUUUGAAAAAGGAUCACCAAUUAUCCAUCCUUUAGAUAUUUUUAUUCGCAAACUUUCAUCGGCAGGGCUAGUACUAAAGCACAUGGAUUUUAUUAUAUAUGAUGAAAAAUUAAAAGCUCUAUACAGGUUGAACAGGCAAGUGGGUGAAUCAAAACCUUUUACGAUUGAUGACAUAAAACAUCCGAUCGUUGUUCUUCUUAGUGGAUACUGUUUAUCUUUUAUAAUUUUUAUUUGUGAAAUAGUGUACUGUAAAAUUAGAAACUAAGCCUAAAGUGCUAUCACAAUAAUGAAAUAAAUU